AUGACCCCGCAAAAUGUGAACAUCUUUUUUCUUUGUAGUCCCGGAGCCGGCGAAAGCGCCCUGGAGCCAAUCUAUAUAAAGGACGACGAUGGAUAUGACAUUGACACAUUUUUAAUCCCCGAUCACUACAAGAGCUACAUCACGAAGGUGCUAAUCCCCAAUGGAGUUUUAAAAAAUCGAAUAGAGAAGCUCGCAUUUGACAUCAAAAGAGUUUACAGAAAUGAAGAGUUUCACGUUAUCUGUUUACUAAAAGGAUCAAGGGGGUUCUUCAGUGCGCUGCUGAAAUAUCUGAACAGGAUUCAUAACUACAGCUCCACUGAGUCACCAAAGCAUUUAUAUGUAGAGCAUUAUGUACGUAUUAAGUCGUACUGUAAUGAUCAGUCCUUAGACCGUAUCGAAAUUGUUAGCGAAGAUUUAUCCUGCCUAAAGGAUAAACACGUUUUAAUUGUUGAAGAUAUUAUCGACACAGGAAAAACGUUGUCCAAGUUUUGUGAAUAUUUAAAAAAGUUUGAGGUGAAAACAAUUGCCAUUACAUGUUUGUUCAUUAAGAGAACUCCUCUUUGGAACGGCUUUAAGGCUGACUUUGUUGGUUUUUCAAUUCCAGAUUCCUUCGUCGUUGGCUACAGCUUAGAUUACAAUGAAAAAUUUCGAGACCUAGACCAUUUGUGUUUGGUGAAUGACGAAGGCAUAAAGAAAUUCCGCACUACCCCUCCCACUUCUUGA